AAAUAGGGCCCCCAGGCCAGCCUCCUCACUCGCCUCUUCCUCCUUCACCACCUGCCCGGCUCAGCAGCUGCCCAGUUGCCUCAGCCCUGCAACCAUGCCCCGCGGUCUCCUGUGGCUGGGCCUAACCCUACUGGGGGCCCUGCAGACCCAGGCCCAGGACUCCACCCCAAACCUGAUCCCAGCCCCACCUCUGUCCAGGGUCCCGCUGCAGCCAAACUUCCAAGAUGACCAGUUCCAGGGGAAGUGGUACGUCGUGGGCCUGGCAGGGAAUGCAUUUUCAAAGGAAGACAAAGGGUUUAAGAUGUACACCACCAACUACGAGCUGAAAGAAGACCGCAGCUACAAUGUCACCUCCACCCUGCUCAGGAACCAGCGCUGCGACUACUUUGUCAGAACUUUUGUCCAAACUUCCCAGCCCGGCCAGUUCAGCCUGGGCAACAUUAAGGCUUACCCUCCACUGCAGAGCUACACCGUGCGAGUGGCGGCCACCGACUACAACCAGUUCGCCAUGGUGUUCUUCAAGAAGGUUUCCCAAAACCAGGAGUACUUCAAGAUCACCCUCUACGGAAGGACCAAGGAGCUGCCCCCUGAGCUGAAGGAGAACUUCAUCCGCUUUGUCAAAUCCCUGGGCCUCACCGAUGACCACAUCGUCUUCCCUGUCCCCAUCGACAAGUGCAUCGAUGACCAGUGAGCAGGUGGUGCCUCCUCUUCCUCCUUCCCGUUGCCUUCAUCUCUGCCUCCGCCCAAGGUGCCACCCAGCUGCCCCCAGGAGCCGGAUGCCACUGAGAGCCAGGACCCUCUCACAGUGUGGCCCAGCGCUGCUCCCAGGCCACCCUGCUGAUGGAGUUGCUCCUUGACUGCUAAAUAAACACAUGCCCCAGCC